AUGUUUAGAAGGUGUGCGAGUAGGUCUUUCGUGUCAGCAAGGUGGUACAGACGACCGGCUGCGAUGACUGCCAGCCAUAUGAAGUCGCAUAUUCCACAACUUGCAAACAACGAAUCGGAGAUUCUUUUGGCUGGUAAGGAUAAGAAGGAGGUCGAGAGUAACCUGAAGAAGCUGGGGUUUGAACAUAUGGAUAAUGACGAGUCCGCGGGGAAAGCUAACUUUAGUGAUUCGUUAUUUUUGAAAUAUUUGAAACAUUAUGGUACUGGGUUUAAAUCUAGCAAUAGGAAUUAUAACGUCUUAAACAAUAGCUUUAAGAAUGAACCCGCUAGUAGAAAGUUGCCUCUGCUGUUUAAUUAUUUUCUGAGAGAAGCUGAGUUGGAGAUUCGACGUCUGAAAAAUUAUACCCCUGAACAAAUUAACAAUUUGAUAGAGACUCGAUCUAAUGAACUCCUGGAUGAAUCGAUGAAUUCGACAGAGGCCAUGGAGGAAUUUAUAUCGAACGAUCUAGCAACAGAAGAUAAAACUCAGAAUUAUUUGAUUCACACGAAUUUCGUAUUGCGGAUAUUAAACAAUUUACUAAUGGAUCCAACUUUUAAACCAUCAGAGGAUGGGGUCUCGAUGGAUCAACUAGUGGAAGUCUUUGAAUUCUCAAAGAUAAUCCCUAUCCAGCAGAAGAGACAACAAGGGAUCAUGUGUUCCGGGAAACUGAUCUACUCCGUAGGGAACGUCAGAAUGGAUCCUGUCAACGAAUCCUUCUAUAUAAAUUCACUAGUGGCAUUUGGCCAUUAUAAUGACGCUUACAAAUUGUUUAAAACCAGAAAGGAUACCCUGAAAGAAAAAUGGUGGUAUACCAUUGGCCUUAAUAUCUUACUAGCAACUAACAAUCUUCGUGGGUUUAAGCAUCUGUUGAAUGAGACAGACACUAUGUUUCCGGAAAGUUCCCCAUAUUUGAGUAUGAAAGUGAUUAAAUUUAGUAUUAAGAAAUUCUUGAAAAUAGAUAAUGUGAAAUCCGCUAAUGAAAUGACUAACAGAUUUUUACAAAUUGUGGAAUUAAAAGGAUUGAGUACAAAUGAUCCAAAUGAUCGAGAUUCAAAGUUUAGAAUGUUUCAGGAUGAAAAUGAUGCUAAUGAGUAUUUGAAUCAAAUUGAAAUUCCAACUCAACACGAUUUCAUUACUAUCAUUAAUUAUUAUACAUAUAAGAAAAACAUGCCAAUGGUAUCUUUACUAUUUCAAAAAUAUUUAGAGUUACCGGACAAGGAUAUAAAUUAUCACGAUUUGAUCCUAAGGACAAACUUGAACCUUUUAAAGGAUUUUGACUCGUUUAAAAAAUUAAUAAUAACAGGAAGCUCAUCGAACUUGACUAAAAAUAAUAUUCAGACCUUAGAAAAAGAAUUCCAAAAUAUUAUUGCUAAUUAUGAUACUAAUGAUACAGUCAUCCAAAGCCUUUUAUUUCACAAUAUCGAGGAUUUAUUAUCCAACAGAAAAUUGUCUGCUGCCAUAAGAAAUAUUAUUAAUGAAAAAUUGAAUAUUGACCCUCAGUCAUCCUUGAUAGAUAAUGAUGCACAGACUCAGAUACCAAUAAGAGACUCUAGACAAUACCAUACAUUGAUACAGACUUUGCUUCAUUCAGGUAAAUACGAUAAAGCAGAAGAGAUCUUGUCAAAUCUCGAACAAUCAUUCUUGGACAAUAAUAAGGACAAUUCUACCCCUAAAGUCAGCGCACAUAUAUAUGCCAUAUAUGUUGAUCAUUAUAGAAAUCUUGCUACUGCUAAACAGAAAAGGUUCCCCUUGACUGAGAUAGAUAAAUUGGUUGAUGAUAUAUUGACGAGAAUGAAUAACUUGAAAAUUCCAUACAAUUCCAAAUUAAUUGCAAGUCUCUUGAGAUAUUACAGAGGCCGUAAGAAUUUGAAAGCAUGUUAUAGAAUUAUUAAUGCAAUUUUUGAAAUCCCCGUUGAAUCUGUACCUGAAACUGUUCAAAACAAUUUUAAGGCAACUUUAUUUCAAAGACGUGAUAUCAAUGAAACAUUGUAUACCGAAAUUUGGAAAGUUUAUUACAACUAUUAUAGUAAUGAAAGUGUUUCCAAUAUCCCAAACGGUAAAAUUUCUGUAAAACGGAUUUUGAAAAACUCAUAUCUGAAGAACAUCAAUAAUGAAAUUGAUACCAUGCCAGAAUUUGACGUUGAAUGGUUGUUGAAGACUAUGGCCACAAGAGAUAAUCUGUUACCGACUGCGAGCUUGUAUCAGACGAUUAUUGCCGUGUUUUUAAAAUCGAAUAACUGGUCUACAAUUCCUGCCAUUUUAUCGAUGAUGGUAAAUGUUCACUCUGUGGAUAUUGAUAUUAACCUGUUUAAAUAUAUUGUAAUAGGGAUCAGAGAUAACUAUGUCAAACUUGAAACAAAAAGAUUAAAAUCAAGUGAUCAUGAUAUGGCUCUUACUGUAGCACAUAGACGAGCUAUAAAAAUGUUUGAAAAGAAAUGUGAUGAUAAGAUAUUCAUUGGAGUAAAUUCCUUUAAAUCAUCUGACAAUUUUAAUGAUAUUAAGGGGGAAAAUGUUUUAGAUACCUUAUUAGUACAACUAUUGACCUUAAUCAAGUAUCAGAAUCCUUAUGAUGUUCAUUUUGGGAUGGUAUUAGAACAUUUUAAAACUCUAGAGAUUAAUAAUGAACAUAUGGCUAACAUAAUUGCCCUUGUAAAUAAUAAUAAUGCAUAA